AUCUUCCUCUUUCGUCUCAAAUCUCUGUUCCCCUUGAAGCUAUGGAACGGAGCUUCCUUCUUUCUGGAGCAAAGGUAAAUCUUUAAUCCCUUUUCUACACUGUUUGGACCUUCAAUAUCUUGAAUUCUCUGAAAUGAGCUCAAUAUCUAGAAGAAAACUACCACUUCGCACUAUCACUAGAACAAACAAGGGAAAAACAUUCUUGGACCCAUUUGUUGAACAUCCUCAAAAAGUAUAUACUUGUCUUCCUAGGCCUAUAAAUCAGAGACCCUUUUCGACGAAAAAAUUCCCAGAUUAUGAAAUGCCUUCAAUAACAUGGGGAAUAAUGCAAGAGAAUAAGGAAAAACUGGUGUCUAAGGUCAUAAUUUGUGACUAUUUAAAGAGUAUUGGUAUAAUCCCUGAUGAGUUAGAACACCUAGAAUUGCCAUCCACACUUGAAAUCAUGCGUGAACGUGUUGAAUUUCUUCAGAAACUUGGCUUAACUAUUGACGAUAUUAAUGAGUACCCUUUGAUGCUUGGAUAUAGUGUUAGGAAAAAUGUAAUUCCUGUUUUAGCUUACUUAGAAAGAAUUGGGAUUGAAAGAUCAAGACUUGGUGAAUUUGUUAAAGUUUAUCCACAGUGUCUUCAUGCUAGUGUUGUAAUUGAGCUUGUUCCGGUUGUGAAGUUUUUACGAGGGCUUGAUGUGGACAAAGAUGAUAUUGGGGGUGUUUUAAUGAAAUAUCCGGAGUUGUUAGGGUUUAAGCUCGAGGGAACAAUGAGUACUUCAGUAGCUUAUUUGGUUAGUACAGGGGUUAAUCCGAGGGAUAUAGGGCCAAUAGUAACACAAUAUCCAUAUUUAUUAGGAAUGAGAGUUGGGACAAUGAUUAAACCGUUUGUGGAGUAUUUGGUUUCGUUGGGUGUGCCAAAGAAAGUUGUAGCGAGGAUGCUUGAGAGACGGGCGUAUAUACUUGGAUAUGAUCUUGAAGAGACGGUGAAACUGAAUGUAAAUUGCUUGCUUAUUUUUGGAAUUAGUAGGGAAGCUUUGCCUUGUGUUAUUGCACAGUAUCCACAAAUUCUUGGCUUGCCUUUGAAAGCUAAGCUGUCAUCACAACAAUAUUUCUUUAACUUGAAACUCAAGAUCGAUCCUGAUGGUUUUGCUCGUGUUAUUGAGAGGAUGCCGCAAAUUGUUAGCCUCCACCAACAUGUGAUAUUGAAACCUGUCGAGUUCCUUCUUGGGCGGGGUUUUUCAGUUGAAGAUGUGGCUAAGAUGAUCAUAAAAUGUCCUCAGUUAGUUGCUUUACAAGUUGGCCUCAUGAAAAAUAGCUAUUACUUUUUUAAGAGUGAUAUGGGCAGGCCAAUGAAAGAACUUGUGGACUUUCCAGACUACUUCACUUAUAGUUUGGAAUCAAGAAUCAAGCCAAGGUAUGAGAGGUUGCGAAGCAAGUUGAUCAAAUGUUCUUUGGCUUGGUUUCUUAACUGCAGCGACCAAAGAUUUGAAGAGAGAUUGUAUGGUGAUUAUAUAGAACUUGAAAGUUCUGGUCCAUCAUUUUGUAUGGGUGGGAAGUUAGAGAUGUCAGGCAGUGAUAUUGUAUCAGAAGAAGAGAUGGAGAGUGAUGAUGAAACACUUUAUAGACACACUGUCUCUCUGUAAGAACUUUGUAAGUGAAUAGGGCAUAAAUUAGAAUAUCUUUCUGUAUUAGUUGAAUUCUUCAAAUAUUUUCUCUUAUUUCACAGCCCUUCUAACUUAUAUAUAUUGUAUGCAGUUUUUUUUCCUUAGCUUUCUAUUGCUAUCAAUUUUUUCCAAUGGAGUAGAGUGUAACUGCAUGGGUUUGCUUCUUUCUCACAUUCAGUUGUUAGACCGUCUUUACAAGAGUACGAUGUAGGAAGAUAAAAGUCCUAACUUAUCAUUUACUUUUCAUAUUGGCUUUUCGUAUUGGUGGAUUUCUCUGGCUCUCGUACAAAAUCAUGAUCUUUCAAGGCACUAAAUCGACUAUGCUCUUUGGUCUUUGUUUCAGGUGUAAAAUCAGUUGAAGUGUAUAUUUUUUGUUUCACUUUUGGUGUGAAGAAGCAUUAGUACAAGAUGUAGAUUCCUUAAUACAUCUCAUUGGGACCCUGUAAAUGCUUACAAGACUUAGUUAUUUGCUCCUUUUUGGAAGUCUUGUACCAUACUUUUGGAAUUCUUAGCACAGUCGUUGUGCUGAGAUUUUCCUUUUUAUUUUAAUAAAAUCUGUUACCAUUUCAUCAAAAAAAAAAGAAAAAAAAAGGGUUUUAAAGUCAAUUGACAGAUUGCAGUUUAUGGUGUUUGCUUACUGUCCUAGUUUUUUAACCUGAAUUGAGAUAUUUUCUGACUCCAUGCAAGGAAACUUCUCUUAUCUUUUAAACAUUUUAGAUUUUCAUCUUCAUACAUUGUACUCUUAUAAAUAUUGGUGAUUUUUCUGUCCCAUAAUCUUUUUUGAGAUUCUGUCCCAUAUAUAGAAUUAUGAUCUUUCAAAACUAGUAAGUAGCCUAUACUCUUUGGUCUCUGUUUCAGAUUUAAAGUCGUUGAAGAAUCAUAGUUUGUGAAUAGAGUCAAUGGAAUAUACUCUUCGGUCUCCAACAGGGUACUGUGUCAAUUGAAGGCAAAAUUGUUAUCAAAUAUGUCGUCGUAAUGUUAAAACAUGCUCUAGUUUAGAAAUCUGCAAAUCGAUAGAAACUACCUCGGCUUUGGGUCUACCAGCUGCUGAGAGCAAUUCUAAUUACUUCGAGCAGUUCCGUGUAAAUUGUACUUUGCAGAUGAUGUUUUCUGCCAUUGACUUAUAGCUUCACCUUUUGAUGAUAUGCCAUUUCUACAAUGCUAACUUGCCUCAUGCGUCUAUUUCCGUUGUAUUAGGCUUGUCAAUAGGAAGGAGUAAUUCCUCUUUACUUUAGUGGACUGUAUAGGGCCCAAGAUGCCCCACUCUUAGGGCUUUGGUCUUGUAAAGAGAUCCAACAUGUGAUGUGUGGGUUAGGCGCACUUCACGGGUUCAAACCCUGACCCAGAGAAGAGCGUGAUAUUUAAUUGAAGAAGGAUAGAAGGCCGGGCUCAUUCUCCACCGAUUUUGAACCGUGGCCACUGAUCCUCUUGAAUUUCUAGGUCAUCGCCGGAAACCACUAGAAGGUCGGAAAUUCUUCAGUAUCUUGCAUUGCUCAUGUUUGAUAGAUCUACGUAGUAAUUACAAGCAAGUUGAGCUAUGCUGUGCAGUCUUCUUUUGAUGUUUCGUGCUCCAUGUCCUAAUAGAACCCUCUUUCAAGAACUUUUUUUUUUUUUUUUUUUUUUUUUGAAGAAAGGCCACUAAGCAGAUUGCUUGGGGGCUAUUUUAUUAAUUUCUUAACAAAUAAAGCAAAUAGUUAGAAUCCUUACAAAAGAACAUGAUGUAAACAAAUUGAACUAGAAUCUAUUAAGAACUGUAUAACCAAGCUAACGCUUAAUUUCAUUAAAAUGGUCUUGUAAUUAGUGUGUUUCUGCUGUAAGCUUGUGCCUGCUGUUAUGUCUCUUCUGGAAUGAUGUAUUUUCCUGCUUUGAUGUUGUGCUUCUAUUCCUGUCUGUUCUGGAGAUGUUGACUUCUUCUCCUUUGAAUUUGUUUCCGGUAGAUUGAUCUGGUUUCCUUAGCAACUUUGCUGUUCUAGUUACUUUCUCUUUCUUCAGUACCUGAUAUAUACCUCUGUGCUGCCACUGCUUGUGUAUUGUUUGGUUUCUGAAUCUGUGCUUCCUUUUGCUUGUUCUCCUUGUGUUUUCAUCUUCUGGUAUUUUGCAUCCCAGAAUUCCUUCGCGCUAUUCUGUAUUCUCCAUAUGACUGUCCUUUUUUCUGUUGUUCCAUCUAUUAUCAGCUACUUAUGAUCCUUGUAUCCUAUGUUGUAUAACUAAGGUUACUUGUCCAAUAGAUUGAGCAUCCUGAGAUACUGAUACCAUACUUUGAACAAAUAACAUUGAGAUCAACAUGGCUAUGACACCUGCAAAAAGAACACUAUGUUAGUGAAUAAGCAGAUCUUCAUUCUCUCCUUCCUAUGAAUUUGAGAAUGUUGAUCUUCUAUUUGCUUCAGUCUCCUUUUCCUCUUCCCAUGUUUCCUCUCCUUCUCCUUUCUUGUCGCCUUUUCCUCUUCCCAUAUUUCCUCUCCUUCUCCUUUCUUUCUCUUCUACUUGAAAUCAUUCAGAUGCAAAGUUCUGAAACUUAGUGAAAUAGAAUUGAGCAUGCCAAAAGCUGAAUUAUUCGCUACCUAUUUUGGUCUUUAUUAUCUAAUAAAUUUGUUAAUGGUCGCAAGUUUUUCUUUUAAUGCUACAUACAGCAGCAGAUCUGGAAAGAUCGAUUUUGCAAAGUGAGGUUGAUGGCUUUGCAGUUAUGUUAUUCCUUUCUAACUUUUACAAUGGAGGUUAGGCGUUUU